AUGCCUCGAGAGGAGAUCCUGCAGGAGUUCUUCACUUCUCUCGAAAAGCCUGACCGCCAGCAGCAAGCACAUCCAUGGUGUGAUUUGUCGGAAGCACGCCUUUUUCAAUUGCUCAUUCGUUUUAAACCGGCAGGAGUGACAAGGUACGCCGCUUUAGGCGCUAUCCACAUUUACAUGAAUCACAUUUAUGAAAAAGAAGAAAACGGUAUCGAGAUCUUUCUAAACGAUGCAGACUUUCAAACCGUUAGGAAACGUAAGGAUCUCCCUGCAGCUGACAAGAAUCUUCGGUUUGAACCACGAUAUGCCAUCAGACCUACUAUUGAUCAGAUCGUAAGUAAACUAGACAAAUAUUGGGAUAUGAAAGCAGUCGAAUAUAAUGAAGGAGUACCAGAAGGUUUUGAAGUUCAUAGCGAAUUCUUUCUUCCUGAUGGGCAAUUUUCUGAGCUCAUGAGGGCAAAGGAAGAAGAGAAUGCUGCUUUUUCAUCGACUUCCGCAAUGUCCAAGAAACGGUCACGUCGUGGAGGUUCUCCAGAUUUGGUUGAUCACCAAUGA